ACAUGUAUGAGAAGAGGGAAGUGCUGUAAACAAUCCCAGUGUUGUAUAAAUUUAUGAAGAAAGGUAUUUUAAUCUAGCUUCGUGGAAAAAUAAGGUUAAGUUAAGACAUUUAUACAAACUGCUGUACAAAGCAUGCGUUAACGUGUGAUUCAUCCGUUAAAGAGAUAUUUGAGGAUAAGUUGCUCCACGAAUUUCGGACCACACUAAGAUCUAUCAAUGUCUAGUUGUACAUUUCUGUACACCCUGAGUCUAUGAAGUCUAUUCAGGGGGUCCUGAUCUCCAUGAAGUCAAAUAUUCAGGGGGUCCUGAUCUCCACUCACAAAGAUGUAAUAAAAUAGGCCUUUCUAUUCCGAUAUUUAAUUCCAAUAAAAAUAAUAAGUGAAAAGUGACAGGGUCAUCUACACUGCUCAUUGUAUUAUAGGAAAAAGAGUAGCCCCGCUAUUUCGGAGACCUCAACCCAGUUCUACGACGCACUAGAAAGCACAGAAUACAGCACACAGGCUGCAGCAACAAGCCCUACUCCUUCCUCGACGCAACAGAAACAGCCUGAAGAUCAAACCCAGCAAAAGGCAGUGACCACAAGAAAGCUGGAGAAAAAGAAUAUCCCGGAGAAGCGUUCAGGAAUGUCGGAAACUAAUAUAGAACGACGAGAUUCUGUAAAUGUUUCGGUACCCACUGCGGCUCUCAGCGCGACUACUUCUGCUGUCAGCACCAUGCCGGAGGACAGAGAGAGCGGCAGAGCGGUCGUGCCUGACAGCCCUUCUCCGAGAAGGACCAAUGCUCAGACCGGACCAGGCCUCCACAGGGGCAUUAGCAAGGCUGGUGCCCUCAAGGCAUCGCAAAGACGCAGCACUAGGCACCCCUCAGAAGUGUUGCUUCAGCAGCCCACGUUGUCCAGCCACACACUCAUAGGCUUCUCCACAUGGCGGCGUCACUACAGGAAGUCCACCUUGAGAACUGUGAGAUGUUCUUUUAUCAUCAUUAUCGUUUCAACGUUUCUGGACACUAAAGAGAGUGUGGACAGAUAAAAAAAGGAAAAAAAAAGAAAAAGAAAUAAACAAACAACUCCUCCUCCUCCUAUCCCCUUAAAAAGAGUCCUUCUCACAAGAAAGUAUUGUUUCAACAUUCCUGGAAACUGAAGAAAGUGUGGACAGAUUGAAAAAGAAUUAACAGGCACACGAAAGAGAAAUAAACAAACAACCUCUCCCCUCUCACAAGAAACUUAAACCGGAAAUAUCCGU